AGCGGGAUGGCGGAGAGAGGGCCGAGGUCUGAGGGGAGCGAUGAGGAAGAGGAGGAGGAGGAACUGCCGACCUUAGCCUCCCUGCUGCGGCCCUCGCUACCCCCCGGCGGGUUGGGCCAGCGGCGGUCCCCGUCUCCCCCUCCCAGGAGGCGGAGGGCGACGGAGGUGGUUGUGGUGGUGAGCAGUGAGGAGGAGGAUGAUGAGGAGGAGGAGGAAGAGGUGGUGGAGGUCGCUCCUCUGCCCGAAAGGAUCAAGAGGAGGGCUUUUGAGUCCUCCCACCCGGGUGGUGGGGACGCGGUGGAGGGAGCUGGCCUUUACACAAGCGGUGACCUGUUGGCACCUGGCAGCGGAGGGCUGCAGGGAGCCCUGGUGUCGUCCGGAGGUACAUCUGGUGGCAGCCAAAAAGGCACCUGUGCUGCUGAGAAGCCCUCCUUGUGCCCACUGCUGGCCUCUCAGUCGGACUCCUCGGGCCAGCUGAGUAUGCCCCUGGCAAACAGAGUGAGCCCAGAAGCAUCCCCCGCUCCCAAGAAGUCAAAAUAUAGUCAGAAGGAAAGGGAGGCAAUCUGCCAGGCUGCGUGGCAGAGGAGGAAGGAGCGAGAAGAACGGAGGAAGCAGCAGGAACAGGAAAAAGAGAGGAAGAGGGCCCUUGCCAAGAUGCUGAAAGCUCAGCGACCAGGAGAGUGCCAGAAAUACAUAACGGUGGUGCUAGAUCCAGUUCUCUUACAGGUAGAAGGUGGUGGACAAAUCCUUAGCGCUUUGCAGGCUGCAAAUUAUUCCUGUGUGGUUGAGAGUCAGGCUGUUCCCUGCAGCAUCACCUGGAGGCGAAAGACUGUGUCAUUUCAGGUGGAAGAUGAAGACAAAUGGACAGAAGAACCAAACGUCCUAGUUCUGCUUUGCUUGGAGGAGUUUUUGUCCAUGGUUCGCAACUACAAACAAGAGGCCAAGGGCUGUACAGCAGGACAGAAGGAGACCCUGCAGAGCUAUGUAGAUCAUGUGAUGGAGAAAAUGCCUGGGAAAAUUCUGGCAUUGACAGUAGUUCAAGUAGAAAGUUAUUUCAGGUCUCUCACGGUUCAGUCAAAAAAGAGACAACAACAGGCAGCAGCGAGUGGAAACCAAGAACAGGGAAAACGGAGGAACAAGAAAGUUAAAGAUUCUGACCUGGAGAUAACCAGAAUGGACGUGGAAGAAGCUUUGGUGGAUCUGCAGCUCUGCAAACAAGUUCAAGUCAGCUUUUUUGAGAGCUCGGAGGAGCUCGGGGAGUUUGCCACUAUGUUCACAAAAGCUGUAGCUGAAGCACCAUUCAAGCGAGAGCGAGAGAAUGUGGGGUUCUCUUUCUACUUAGAGAAGAAGUGGUGUGGAGGGGUGAGGGUGGAUCGCUCUGGAAAGGGUCUCUUGGAAGUUUGGAAGAGGCAGAUACAACAAUUUAACCGGGUCAGCCGCGAGAUGGCUGAGGCUAUUGUGUCUGCCUACCCUUCUCCUCAGCUUCUGAUCCAGGCCUAUAGCAGAUGCUCCUCGGAGCAGGAGAGGGAAAACUUGCUGGCUGCUAUCCCUGUGCACCGCGGUGAGGGGGUGACAGCCACCUCCCGGCGGGUUGGACCAGAACUGUCCCGACGAGUCUACCUGCAGAUGACUUCCCAUGAUCCUGAUCUCUAUUUGGAUUUCGCUGGGUAGCCCCAGGGGAUGAGGAUUUUACUGUGUGCUUGGUUUAAGUAUUCAGCUUCCUUCUGGU